GAUUUAAAAGUCCGUCAAGCAAGAUCAAAUGGCCGCGUGCAACAAAAUGUCAUCCUCUUCGUGUUUGCGUCUCUUUCUUCUCCUCAUGUUCUCUGCAACUGCUGUUUUCUCCGGCACCAUUGUCAAGACCCUUCCAGGUUUCGAUGGUGAACUGCCCUUCAAACUUGAAACUGGGUACGUGAGAGUGGGCACAUCGGAGGUGUUUUACUACUUCAUUGAAUCUGAAGGAAACCCUAAGCAAGAUCCUCUGCUGCUUUGGUAUAGUGGUGGCCCUGGCUGCUCUGCUCUCAAUGGUCUUGUUUACGAAAUCGGUCCAUUGGCUUUCAACAUAACAGACUAUGAAGGGGGCAUGCCAUCUUUGAUGUACUAUCCAUAUUCAUGGACAAAGACAGCCAGCAUUUUAUUUGUGGAUGCUCCUGUUGGUACUGGUUUUUCCUUUGCUUUAACUCCGGAUGGUUUUGCUACCUCGGAUACAUUAGCUGCCAGAGAAAUUUACCAGUUUCUCAGAAAGUGGUUGAUGGAGCAUCCACAAUAUCUCAAACUUCAACUAUUUGUUGGGGCUGAUUCUUAUUCAGGCAUAUCAGCCACAAUGGUCGUUCAACAUGUAUUAGAUGGUAAUCUUGAUAAAAACUUGACGCAAUUGAAUCUCAAGGGAUAUAUUCUUGGCUGCCCAGAAAUAGAUGGAAAAAUUACCACCAAUGAGAAGAUGGUUUUUACUCAUAGGAUUGGACUUAUAUCUGAUGAACUCUACAAUGCCACUAGAGAUACUUGUGGAGGAGACUACUAUGAUACAACCUCAGAGAAUCCAGCUUGCUAUGAGAAUCUUAAACUGAUCGACAAGUGCACUAAAGACAUAUACAAAAACAAUAUCCUGGAACCAAAGUGCACUUGGGCAUCCCCAGAGUCCAAUGAACCGGCUCGACAAUUAUUGGAAGAAAAUUCAGAAGGCUUCAUCCUUUCGCCUCCAAGAAUUCCUGAAUUCUGGUGUCGUAACUUCAAUUAUGCACUGUCUUAUAUCUGGGCAAAUGAUCAAAGUGUCAGAAAUGCUCUUAACAUCCGAGAGGGAACGGUUCCAGACUGGAAGAGAUGUAACAAGACCUUAAAUUACGAGAGGGAUGUCAGCAGUGUUCUUGAUUAUCAUCGGAAUUUCACCAACAAGGGCUUACAAGCUCUCGUAUACAAUGGUGACCAUGAUCUCAUAAUUCCAAACACUGCAACACAAGGGUGGAUAGGGAAGCUCAAUCUGACAAUAGUCAAUGACUGGCGGCCAUGGUUGGUUGAUGGUCAAGUUGCAGGAUACACAACUAAGUAUUCAGAAAAUGGGUAUCGCUUGACCUACGCUACUGUAAAGGGAGGUGGACACACACCGCAGGAGUCCAAGCGUAGGGAAUGCUAUGAAAUGUUUGAGAGGUUUAUACAUUACUAUCCUCUCUAGAGAAACCUUGCGCUAACUUCAAUAGGAACUUCUUUUUUUUUUUUUUUUUAAUUAGUGAAUUUUGGGAAUUGAUCUGUGUUCUAGCUGAUUAAAGGAUGUUGAACAAGUAAUGGAAUUAAUUCCUGCAAUGAAGUUAAUAUAUGAGAAAUAAAUUCAUAUGAA